AUGGAGAGGACACAGACAAGUUUAAGCUUAUUGGUGCUGUGUUUCCUGAUCAUGGGAACAAUGUUAGUGAGUGGUCAGAGUGCAAACAACGUAAGAGCAACAUACAAUAAUUACAACCCUCAGAAUAUAGGUUGGAGCUACAACACCGCCGGUGUUUACUGUGCUACCUGGGAUGCUAACCACCCCUUGUCAUGGCGUCAAAGAUACGGUUGGACUGCCUUUUGUGGACCCGCCGGCCCUCAUGGCAGAAAUUCUUGCGGCAAAUGCUUGAGGGUGAAAAACACUGCGACUGGAGCUCAGACAACGGUGAGAAUAGUGGAUCAGUGCGACAAUGGUGGGUUGGAUUUGGAUGUGAAUGUGUUCAAUAAACUGGAUACCAAUGGACAGGGUUACCAUCAGGGUCACCUUACGGUUACCUAUGUCUUUGUUAAUUGCUAA